AUGUCAGCAGUCCUCAUGAUAAGACAUCUUCCAGCUAAUUUAUCUUUUCAAGAUAAAGAACAGCUUUUGAAACACUAUGGUGCUCAAAAAGUGUGGGAAUGUCGAAAGAAACGUAACUAUAUCUUUGCAUCAUUUUUUAAUAAAGAAACUGCUGAAUCAGUAUUACGAAGAUUACACCAACUGGAAAUUGCUCACAGAAGAUUGGUUGUGGAAUUUUCCAGUGAGAAAGAACCUAUUAAGGAUUGUAGCAAAAAUGUUGAAGAGUCUUUAUGUACAUUAAAAAUUAAAGAGUUUCAGAAAUUGUUAAAUGCUUGGAAUCCAUCCAUAGAUUUUUAUCAGCCUCCACCAGUGCAUAUUAAAUAUAAAUACCCAUCAUUGGAUCCAAAAAUAGCUGUAAAUUUAAUAUUUUCUAUGUUUAAACAUAAACCAUUAUAUAUUCAACUUUUACACCUAAUGAAUAAAAUGGGUCUUGAAGUACCUUUUAGCGACAAUUCUGAAGCGAUACAAUUUUUUAAAGACACCUUUCAAGAAUUAUUUUCAGAUAAAAUCGUCACAUCAGAAAGACGGAGUGAAUCAGAAUCAGAAAUUGAGUCUUGUGAUGAGACUGAGAAAUCUAAACAAAGCCUACCAUCACUGAAAAAACGUCAACAUACUCUCCCUGUUAUGAGAAAAAGAGCUGCAGCAAUUCUUUCUACUGCUAUUCUACCUAAGGUAAAGAAAUCCCAAUUAAACCAAGAAGAUGUAUUUGAUGUAGUGACUCCAGUAACUGAAACUAAAAAAAUAUCAUUAAUAGUUAAUCAUGAUAUCUUAACUAGACCUAUAGAAGAGCCAGAAGUUAUUGGUGAACUUGGAAAGUUCCAAAAAGAAGAAACUCCAUUGGUAGAGCUCAAAGAAACUCCAGUUGAAGAGCAACCAUCUAUGACGCGAAAAGAACUGCUAAAAAAUAGAAUAUCUCAUUGUGAAAUGAAAAUACUUCCCAUUUACAAAAACUAUCAUCCCGGGCAACCAUCAAUGAGACUAUAUAUUAAGAAUUUAGCUAAAACAGUUACAGAACAAGAUGUCAAGAGAAUCUAUAAAGGGUACAUAGAAACUUUAUCAGAAGAAGAACAAAAUGGUUUUGAUGUUAGGGUAAUGCAAGAAGGAAGAAUGAAAGGACAAGCAUUUAUUACUUUUCCAUCAAUAGAAUUGGCUAAAACUGCACUAAAUGAAACCAAUGGAUUCUUAUUGAAAGAGAGGCCAAUGGUUGUUCAGUUUGCUAGAGUAGCUAAUAAAAAUACUAUAGAUUGA